AUGGCAAAAUCAGAGGAGGUAGAGGCUUUUGGAUGGGCAGCUAGAGACCCUUCUGGUGUUCUCUCUCCCUUCAAGUUUUCAAGAAGGGCUACUGGUAAUCAAGAUGUGAGGUUGAAAGUAUUGUAUUGUGGGAUUUGUCACUUUGACCUUGAGAUGAACAAAAACGAAUGGAGCAUUACAGUGUAUCCAAAUAUCCCAGGGCAUGAGAUUGUGGGUAUAGUAACAGAAGUGGGUGCCAAGGUACAAAAAUUCAAAGUUGGAGACAAAGUGGGUGUUGGAGCCUUGAUUGGAUCAUGUCGGAAAUGUGAGAAUUGCAUUAACAAUCUCGAAAAUUAUUGNAACAAAGUGGGUGUUGGAGCAUUGGUUGGAUCAUGUCGGAAAUGUGAGAAUUGCAUUAACAAUCUCGAAAAUUAUUGCUCUGCACACCAACCCACAGACAGUCCUCCACCACCCUACAAAGAUGGAAUCACCAACUAUGGGGGCUACUCUGACCACAUGGUCGUUGAUGAACACUUUGUGCUUCGUUGGCCCGAAAACUUGCCUCUUGAUUCUGGUGCUCCCCUUCUAGGUGCUGGAAUAAUAACUUACAGCCCUUUGAGAUAUUUUAAACUCGACAAGCCAGGUAUGCAUGUUGGGGUGGUAGGUCUCGGAGGGAUUGGUCAUCUAGCUGUGAAAAUUGCAAAGGCUUUUGGGGUUAAAGUCACAGUGAUUAGUACAUCCCCAAAAAAAAAGGAUGGAGCUAUUAAAUAUCUUGGUGCUGACUCGUUUUUGGUCAGUAACGACUCAGAUCAAAUGCAGGCAGCAGCGGAGACAAUGGAUGGUAUCAUUGAUACUAGCUCUGCAGUUCAUCCUCUUUUACCGUUGAUUAAUCUAUUGAAACCCCAUGGAAAGCUUGUUAUAGUCGGUGGAACAGAAGAGCCUCUACGUCUACCAGUGUGUCCACUGAUUAUUGGUCGGAAGGUAGUGGCUGGGAGUGCCAUUGGUGGGAUAAAAGAGACCCAAGAAAUGCUUGAUUUUGCAGCAAAACACAACAUCACAACCGAUGUGGAGGUUAUUUCUAUGGACUACGUGAACACUGCAAUGGAGCGUCUCCAGAAAGGCGAUGUCCGCUACCGAUUUUGUGAUUUCUGUCAGGAGGAUGGCCUCAAUAAGACCAUUAAAGCCAAGCCAGAUUGCAGAUCUGGAAGCAACAACACUGAGCUACCAGAAGCUCGUGUAAAUGCCAGAGUGAACCCAGAUGGGACAAAGGAGCUUAGCUUUAAUGGCCCACAUGGAAGCCAUUCAAGAGAUAAGGGGAAAACAGGGCAGGCACAGGUUCAAACAGAGGAAGUGGCGAUUGGUGAAAUUCCUUCUGUCGACACAUCGAAAUCUAGUGGUGAAACUUUAAAAAAGCCAAUAGAUGUUGUGGGGUUGCCAAAAGACAAGCAAUAUCCGACAAAGCCUCAACCUUACCUGCUGGAUGCUCAGCAAAAACAACCCGCGCCUAGAGCAUCUUGGAGCCAGGUCCUUAAAGAAGGACGGGCAGCUAACCACUCAGCCAAUCAGAAAGAAUGCCAAACCCUGGCUAGGAAUGAUGUGGAGGAGCAAGCUGCAGUACUUCUUCUGAGCACAGACCAACCUGUCUUGUGCUUAGACAAGGGCAAAGCAGUGGCAGCUGUAGUGCUAGAUACUGAAAUAGUGGAGACUAAUAAAAAGAGAGUUGCAGACAACCAUGUGGUGUCUGGUAACGAGAUUGAAGGGUAUCCUCAGGUUGAUUCUCAAGUCACAUAA